AUGUCUCAGCGUCUGAGGCCCAUCACACCAGCUGGUCCCCCGCCCGAAGAGCCCGGCGGGCCGGCCAAUCCAGCACGUGUGCGGAGCAUCACCCGCAAUGCCAGGAGCAACGCCACAGCCGCGUGCCUGGCGUGCAAGACCAGAAGAAGAAAGUGCACGGGUCCGCCGGGACCCUGCAAUGCGUGUAUCGCCUCGAAGUCCGAGUGUGUUUUCCAAGAACAUCUCGAUGGCAGACGCAAGGAGGCCAUCAAGCGGAAAAUGGUGGAGGGUUCAGAGCAUCACCGCGAUCUGCUGAUUGGACUACUCCGGUCCAUUCGGUCGAGUGACGAACAUGAGGCUCAGCACCUCGUCCGGCUGAUUCGAGAUGAAGCACCACUAUCAACAGGCAUCCCUUCUGAGGCCCAUGGCCUUGUAACUCCCACUUCCGGGUGGUCGACGCUGACCUUCCUCGGACUUCAGAUCAAUGCUUUUCUCGACGAGAGUGUCAGGAAGCUUCGUGAGAACAGUCCCAGGACUGAGGCCACCAUCGAUGGCCUUAUCAAGCUCAGAGCCGAAACUUCCAGUCUGGCCGAGCAGAUUCCGCCCAGUAGAGCGCGGAAGACGCCCAUGAGCGUCGAGGAGAUGACGGACGAGCCGCUGUUCCAACUCACAGCAAGACCCUGGACGACAGUCACAGACGAUGACUAUCUCGUCUCCCACCUGGUCUCCCUCUAUUUCACUUGGUGGAACACCUUCAUGCAUCCACUUCACCAGCCUUCUCUGAUAGAAGCCAUGGCCGCUCGGGACACCAUGAGCCCACUUUGCUCUUCCUUCCUGGUAAACGCCCUGCUAGCCCUUUCUUGCAGCUACUGUGACUUACCUGGAGCCUUCGCUGACCCUGACGAUCCGGAUACUUGGGGAGAGCACUUCUAUGACGAAGCCAGGCGCCUGUGGGACCGCGAGGAAGGGCGCGCUUCCAUGACCAACCUGCAAGGGCUGUAUCUCUUGAUGCUGUACCAGAAUAUGCACGGAAAAGAUCAACUCGGUUGGUUGACCAUGUCGCAAGUGGUCCAUAUGUAUCAAGACAUGGGCCUCUGUGACCGGAUCAAGAUACCACGUGAUUGCCCGGCUGAGUCGGUGGACAAGAUGAAAACAGCCAUGUCGAAUGUUUCCUGGUCGAUAUUUGUCUGCAACACGAUUUUUGCUAUUUUCCUUCUCAAACCCCCUACACUCCGGCCACCGAGAGUGGCGCGCCCUUUCAGCGGGGAAGACCUCCACAGGUCGGUAGAAUGGAAGCCGUAUCCUCGCGCAGAGAGAACAGAUCCGCUCUAUGGAGAGGCCCUCGUGAAUGCUUAUUGUGACUUGGCUGAAAUAGCAUAUGAGGUAGCAUUCAGGGUGCCCUUUGUUGAAUCGAAAGACGGGAAUGCACCUCUGCAACUGAUGGUGAGGUUAGGUGCCUGGCAUGAUAACCUCCCUGCGACGUUGCAAGCCAGCUCCGUCACCCCGGGGCCAUUGUUUGAGCUACACGCCAUUUACUAUUCGUGUUCUCUGGCCUUGAGUGAGGUUUCUGACCGCGAUACCUCACCGGGCCCAACGCGCGGUCUGGCUCCUUCCUUCGUCGAUUCGACCGCGGGCAUUACUGCUCGCAGCACCUCCCUUCUCUUGAUUCACCGCAUGUUACCAUUGUAUCGACAAUUUCGCCAAACAUAUGGCCUCGUCCGUGUGAUGGCGGGCAGUUGCCAUACGGCGGCCGUGGCAUAUUUUAUCCUGCUGAAAGCGAUGCGGGACCCGUCACUACGGUCGGAGGAGAAUCAAGGCGCGCUCAUCGACCUGACGAUGUAUUUGAUGGUAGGUGCACGACGCUGGUUGGUGUAUGCCGGUAUGCUGCGGAUGUUGCGCCCGACGGCGCAGUCGAUGGGCGUCCAGCUCCCUCGGCAACUGAUGGACAUCUUGGACGAGUUCGACAAGAGCGUGUGGACGGUGGGGGCACAUCGACGGAUCCGCAGCGUCUAUCCAAAUCUCGCUCUAGUCAAGAAAGACUUGCGAGAGGAUGAGGACGUGACAAUGGGCGAAUUGCUGGCGAGAUGGGAAGCCGUGUUGGCGGACGGCGAGCCGGAAAAUCGUGAAGAUAACUGA